AUGGAAGUCUGGUCGCUCGAUGGAAUGACUAUCCAGGAGGGGAGGAGGGGAAGGUCGGGCGGAACGAGAGGGAUGGUGGAAGGUACGCAGAAGAAGAAGAAGAAGAAGAGGAAGGUUGGUAUUAUUCUUCGGGAGGGACGAUUUUCCUGCGUCGGCCUCCAGUCCACCUCGUCCGGGAUUGCCGCUAGUUUCGCAGUGGAGACUCGAUUGUCGUGCACGUCCUUGGCUGUGUACGACCGCCGUAAUCCAAGAGACCAGAGUCUAGACGGGGAGAAUGGAGAAUGGGCAUCAGUUGGGAAUCUGGUUGACGUAUGUGUGAAAUUCUGGCCUGACCACUGGGGCGGAGGGACUCGAUCGAGAUGCGAUCAAUUGCUCGUGAACACCGAAAAAUCAAAUGCACCGAGAUACAAUACCUCGAGGGGUAUCGGAGGACUCGAUUCGAGGUCCGAUGUCCGACCUGAACCCAAGCUCAAUUCCACUCAAUGCUUCUUCUAA